AUGGUGCUUCGUUCCGUUACGGUCUCCUCAUUCAACUAUCCGGCCCGCGCAGACGCCAGCCUCCUCACCCCCGUCUCCACGGAGAAUUCCCCCCCGAUGCACCCCAACCACAAAUUCUCCGAGGGCUACGCGCCGCACGGCGUCCCGCCGCCGCCGCCCCACCAGCAGCAGCCCGACGAGCCGUCGCCGGUGCCGUCGAGGACGAUGUAUCCCUGGUACCCCCUCGACAUGAACGGCCAGUCGAGCCAGGAGGGCUCCCCCGUCGCGCCCGGCCACCAGACGCCCGUCUCGCAGCAGGAGUUCCUGACGCCGUCCUACCUCGGCGGUCCCCAGACCCAUCAGCACAGGCGGCUCACCCCCGGACCCCCCGAUAACGUCUAUACCGGAAGCUACGGUGUCUCGGACGCAACUGACCAGCAGCAGCAGCAGCAGCAGCAUCACCAUCAUCAUAAUCACGACCAUCACCAACACCACAGUCUCCAGGCCUCGAACCACCACCACCAUCACCCAGACGCCCAGAGCCAGCACCACAACUACUACAUGCACGUCCCUGACCAGCCGCUGCCGCCUCCGCCGCCGCUCAUACCCCGUGAAGGAUCGAGCCUCGCGGCCGCGGCUGCGGUCCCCGCGGCCGCCAGCCCGUCGCCUGAGAUGCCGCGGUCCAGCAACCGGCGCAAAUCCGCUGCUGUGGCCGGACAGGCGGCAGGCUCGGGAUCGCGCCAGUCCCGCAAAGCCAGGAGCGGCGGCAGCGGCGGCGGCGGCGGCGGCGGCAGCCACGCGGCGAACCAGUACCCGCUCGAGGAGCACCAGAACUGCCACGGUCAGGAGGUGCCUCCCCGUCUGAAGCCGAACUGCCCACCCGAGGAGAGGUGCAUCUUCGAGGCCAGAUGGGAGAACCGUCGGAAGAAGGGCCACGACAUGUGGGAGUCUAUCCAGGCUGCCUUUGAGCAGAAGUUUGAGCAGAAGUUCAACAAGGAGAUGCUGCAGAUGAGGUUCACGAGGGCUCGUGCCAAGUACUACGACUGGCUUCCCGAGGAUGACGAGCUUCUCCGCGAAGCCUUUUUGGAGAUGGAAAAGGAGCGCUACGAAAACUUGCUAGACAGGUUCUACGAGAAGGGCGGUUCGCGAAACAUGCAGCUCAGCGCCUCCGACAUCGAGAUCAAGUUGGCCACCGACCUCAAGCUGGAGGAGGGUUUCUACAUCGAGACGCAGUACCCGGACCUACACGUCCGACGACGUCAGAAGAAGACGAGCGCGAGGAGACGGCAGCAGGCCGCCGCCACCGGCGGUACGACCUCGGCGGCAGCAGCCGUGCGCGGCAUCGAGGAAGGCGUUGAUGGUAAUGCUGCUGGCGCUGCCGGCGGGAAUGACGACAUUGUCAGCGUUGGAUCGCAUAAUACGGCCAACGAAGAUGAAUCUUGA